GUUACAGUGUACCUGUGGGUCUGUAGUUACACCACCAAAACCUACUAUAGUUCACUUUGUCGAGUCACGGUUUUGAUGCGAGCGAUUUUGUAACCACAAAUAUUCGAAUAUUCUACCUUGAGGUCUCCAGUAUGAUUUAUGUAUGCUUUUGUUAAUGUUUGGUUUGUUAUUGUCGCAAUCGACGUUCUCUUCGUCGUAUAUCUCGUAAAAGCAAUGCGGACGAGACAAGAAAUCUUAUUCAGAAGAUCAUGCGGAGCGAUGUAAGCGGUGAAAUGCCUGAAGAUCUGGCCGAAGGUCUAACCGUAGAAAAGCAGCAAGAACAACAGCUGAUGAACAAACUGGCCGCACAGGGACGCCUGCCUGCUCGACCCGCGUCCUCAUUUCUGCAGAAAAAACUGCAGCAGAGGAAGUUCUUUGACUCCGGUGAUUAUGCCAUGGAUAAGGAUCGCUGCAAACAAGCGGUACCGGGACGUCUACCGCAUCCGAUGGCGGCACCGGUAGCGGCGGCUGUGCCAGCACCAAAAGCACCCGCUGCCGGUGCACCUGAACCGAGUUCUCCUGAAGCGGAGACUAACCUGCAGAUUCCUCGUCCGGAUACUGUACCCCAGAGGAAAGCUUCCAUCAUUAAUCCGGCUGUGCACUGCAAACUUAGUCCAGCACCACAUGUACAGCAUCACGAUCAGCCAACCCAGCUCCCUUCGGUUGAGUAAAGGCGAUGCAUGACCGGAACGAAGCUGACCGCAUAAUCGUCCACAUCAGUCAUCAUCGGGACAUACUCUUCAACAAACUCCCACUUUUUAGUAGUUCCCAAUCGCUUCUCGCUUUUUAAAAGUCUCUUAAAUAUUUAUGCAGAAGUUUUCUACCGUCAGCUCUAUCCUGUCCGAUUCUUGCUUUCCUCUCGUCGUCUCUCUCAAUGUUUCCCAGUUCGUGGUAACUGAUCCGUGAUAUCAAGUAACUACCCAUUUUCUUGUUGUGGUCGGCUUAUCGAUACGUACCUUUUCCGUACCAU